AUGGAUCAACCUUCGGUGGCCAGAAAGGCUCAAAAUGAGGCAGACACCAGUGACUUGGAUGUGUUCUCUUACCCCAGCUUAUCAACCCCACAAAGGCCAGGUCGUAGUGGAGUCCACGGCCAUCAGAAGUCCCAUCAUCGUGAUGGAUCUCAUCACCAUGAUGAGUUCCAAGACUUCCCUGACAAUGUCUCCUCCCACCACCGCCACACCCCCCAUCAUGGUGGAGCCCACCGCUCCAUAUCCCUUGCCCUGGAUGCUUCCCGUGGCACUGUCCUCUCCCACCAUUACAAUGAUGAGGACUUCUUUAAUGAUGAGGACUUAUUUUAUGAUGAGAACCACCGUGACAGCAGGAGACAUCAUGGUAGGCCCCACCACCAGAGUGAGUCGUACCACCAUAGGGGGUCCCACCACCACGGUGAGUCUCACCACCCUAGUAAAGUUUUCCACCAUAGUGGGCUCCAUAAUGAGUCCGACUAUGACAGUGAGGCCAGUGAGCAUAGUGCGCCCCACCACUAUGAAGCCUAUGACCGUAGCAGGCACCAUCAUUAUCAAGCCCCCGACCACAGCACACCCAGCGAGCACCACCACGGCGCACGUCAUCUUCAUUACUCCCACAGUGAUCGUCACUAUGGGGAGAACCGUCACGGCAGCUCCCAAGUCUUUGGCCCACACAGUCCCCGCAGCAAGGCCAGGGUCAGCUCACAACACUCUCGCGCAGCAGCCGUUCAACCUAGUGUGUGCAAAGUGGACGUGGCCGGCAGCUUGACUCGUUCCCGCAGUACAGUUCAGCCACAUACCUCCAGGAGCUCCAACAAAGUCCAUCCUCAGGUUUCCUCCUCUAAAACCUCAGAAACCUUGGCUAAAGAGGCACGGUUUCAGAAGCACAAAACUGGCAGAGCCCACAAGAAGCAGCACAAUGUGGACUUGUGGGAAAAAUUAAGCCAACUCUUUCAUGGCCUCCGGGAAAUGCUCAGGAUCCUGACUGAGUCCCUGAUCUUUGAUGCCUUCAUCUUCCUUGUUGUCUGCCUCAACAUCAUCAUGCUUGUGGCCCAGACCUUCACCGAAGUAGAGAUCCGGGGUGAAUGGUACUUCGUGGCCUUUGACUCCAUUUUCCUCUGCAUCUACGUGGUGGAAGCUAUGCUCAAGAUCAUUACUAUGGGCCUCGACUAUUUUUAUGACUCCUGGAACAUUCUGGACUUCUUCAUCAUGGUCAUGGCCGUGCUGGAGUUCAUGCUCGUGCAGCUCAACUCACGCUCCUUCAAGCGCACCAUCUACAACCAAAGUGUCUUCCGGAUUUUCAAGAUCUUCAAGAGCCUGCGGGCCCUGAGGGCCAUUCGGGUCCUGCGGAGGCUCAGCUUCCUGACCAGCCUCCAGGAAGUGACCAGGACCCUAGUUCAGUCCUUGCCAUCCAUCACCGCCAUCCUCAUCCUCAUGUUUACCUGCCUCUUCCUCUUCUCCGUGGUGCUCCGGGCGAUGUUCCGCCACUCCGACCCCAAGCACUUCCAGAACAUCUUCACCACCAUCUUCACCCUCUUCACUCUGCUCACGCUGGACGACUGGUCCCUAAUCUACCUGGACAGCCGGGCCCAGGGCGCCUGGUACAUCAUCCCCAUUCUCAUGAUUUACAUCAUCAUCCAGUACUUCAUCUUCCUCAACCUGGUGAUUGCUGUCCUGGUGGAUAACUUCCAGAUGGCCCUGCUCAAAGGCCUGGAGAAAGUGAAGCAGGAGAGGGCCACCCAGAUCCAUGAGAGGCUGCUGGCUGAAUCGCUGACGGAUCUCUGCAAAACAGAGCCUGAAGAGGUGAUGAGUGAACAUUCUAAACAGAAACACCUCAUCGAGAAAAAAUUUGGGACCAUGACUGAGAAACAGCAGGAGCUCCUGUUCCAUUUCCUGCAGCUGUCCGCUGGGGUGGAGCAUUAUCAACAGAAGUUCCGCUCCCAGGCAUCCGUCAUUGAUGAGAUCGUGGACACUGCAUUUGAGGCUGGAGAAGAGGACUUCAGGAAGUGA